AUGAGACCAUCCAUUCGAGAUGGUUCCUCACGGACAUCUAUAAGGCCUAGUUCUUCAAAAUUUAGACCACCUUCUUCCAUUUCCAGUAACAGUAAGUCGGGUUCUACUAAGCAAAGGGUGUUAUCUGGGAGUAAUCGUAGACGUAUUGAAUCAACCAUUGUGGAUAGCCCUAUAAAUACUAGUAUUGCCCAGAACGGUCAAAAUUCUAAUAGUGUUAUUCAUGAUCUAGAAACAAAGCUGGAGAAUGCCCUAAAGGAGUCAGCGCAGUUCAAGGAUAAAAUCACCCAACAACUUGAGCGACAUUCCGCAAUAGAAAAAGAACUAGUGGAGCGGUACGAAUUUGCGCUUCAUGAGAGGGACCGGCAAAUAGAUGAGUACGCCAAGUUAAUACCCCAACUUCAAUCGGAAGUUCUUCAGGCCUCUUGCUUUAUCAGGGAACGCGACGAGCACGAGCAAGAGCUCCGCAACCUGCAAAAGCAGUUCACCGAGGUGGAGACCCGUCACCAAAAGGAGCUUUUCAACCUCAAAUUUGAGGCUAUCGAUCGCAAAAUAAAGCUUUUUGCGAUGGAGAAGGUCAUGCGGGAGCAAUUUCAGAACGUGGUCGAGCAGAGGCUUCAGAAACUCACGGAGGAGCGCCAUAAAACUCUGAUCGAGCAGAACGCCACUCUCCAAAAGGAAAAAAUCGAUAUGACCCGCGACAUGGAACGGUUGUUGUCGAUGACCUCAACAAUGGGCGGGGAGCUCACGACCCUUCAGCGCUCGAUGGAGCUCCACCGCAAUGUCCACGAGGAGGUUUUAAAGCACAGCGUGGUUCGAAUCCGCCAGCAGCGCGGCAAGGAUUCCAAACUUCAGCGCCUCGAGUUCAAACUCCGCGAGCAAAAGGCCGAGCUGGAGGAGAUUCACACCAAACUUUCCCACCAAUACGAGGGUCGCAUUCGCGGUUUAGAAGAGGAGCUCAAGGCCACCCAAAACACCCUAAAAACCCACCGAACGGAGCUCCAACACGUGCGGCAGUACGCGGCGCGGGUGGUGGAACAGCGAAGCGACUUGGAGACGUUUUUCUACAAAGUCCUGGCGGACUGCCGGCGGUAUCAGACCGGCAUGCACGCGACCUUGUCCGCGGAGAAAAGCCGGCAUUCCGCCUCGCGCGACCCCGGGCGAGGGCCCGGCAAGGCGGGCAGGCCGACCCCGCAAACGAAUGAUGGCUCCAGGCUGCCGUUCUCCACCCCAUCUUCGCAAAUCGCGGGCCGUCCGGCCCCCUCGCCGGCCCGAUCCACGCCUUUUCGCAUGGUCUCCUCAACCCGCGCGGAGGACUCGACGAAGAUGUUCGGGAUGACGGUGCUGCCCGAACUUUCGCGCAUUUCUCCCGAUUGCACGACUUUGCGGCUGUCUAGUGUGGGGGACUCCGUCCACGGGGCAGAUAAAGUGGAAGGAAGCCCCCCUGCGUCCACCGGAGACCCCUCUCCUCCUUCCAUGGGCGCCUACAUUGAGGAAAUGACAUGGCAUGAUAAAGAAAAGGUGAUCAAGGCGCUCCUUUUUUAUAUCAACUCGAAUCUUAAUAGUUCCCACUCACAACGUGUAAGCUGA